AAAAACAGGUUCCUUGUCAGGACUCGGACCAUCUUUCUGACGACUGCUGAUAAGAAUAACAAAGCAAACCCAAAUUCAGCUUCAUUCAGUCUGCGGGGUUGUUGGCUUUAACAACUUCUCUCAUAUGGGUGCUCUGUUUUUCUCAUUAUUAAUAUGUAUAAUGCAUAUUAUAUAAGCUGUGGGGGAGUCAACGCAAAGAUAAGCUGCUUUUGCUCAACACUUGAUCCAAGAAAUCACUUCAUUUAAUUUCCUUUAUUCUUCACAAAUCCCCACUUCAAAUUCUCAGGCUGCUUGAUUUGUUUGCCUCUGCAUUCCUAACUUUGGUUUAAAAGGGAUGUUGAUAAGAAUUACAGUGAUUGUGUUAAUUGGGGUUGUGGCAUGGGGAUAUCAAGCCACCCGCCCUCCACCACCCAGCGUUUGUGGCUCCCCUGGUGGUCCGCCUGUGACAGCACCUAGAGUAAAGCUCAGGGAUGGAAGGCAUCUGGCCUACAAGGAGCAUGGAGUGCCUAAAGAAGUGGCUAACUAUAAGAUUAUCUUUAUUCACGGCUUUGGCUCUUGUAGACAUGAUGCAAUGAUUACAGCAAACCGAACUCCAGAGCUUGUUGAAGAACUAGGACUCUACAUUGUAUCGUUUGACAGACCAGGUUAUGGAGAAAGUGAUCCAGAUCCGAAACGAUCGGCGAAAAGUUUGGCUUUGGAUAUAGAAGAGCUAGCUGAUCAGUUGGGACUUGGAUCCAAAUUUUAUGUAAUUGGGUAUUCUAUGGGUGGUCAGGUGGUUUGGGGCUGCCUCAAGUAUAUUCCUCAUAGGCUAGCAGGAGCAACAUUAAUAGCUCCGGUUGUCAACUAUUGGUGGCAAGGAUUGCCUGCAAACUUGUCUUCAGACGCCUACUACAAACAACCACCUCAGGACCAGUGGAGCCUUGGCGUUGCUCACUAUGUCUCAUGGCUAACCUACUGGUGGAACACUCAGAAGUGGUUUCCUCCAGCCAGUGUUGUAGACAAUAAGCCUGACCAUAUCUUCUCUCGCCAAGAUCUACAAUUCAUUUCCCAGGUUGCUGGGAGAGAGAUGCACCACCAGGCACAAGUGAAGCAGCAAGGAGAGUUUGAGUCCAUCCAUCGUGACCUGAUGGUUGGAUUUGGGAGUUGGAAAUUCAGUCCGGUGGAUCUUGAGAACCCUUUUCCAAAUAAUGAAGGCUCAGUUCAUGUAUGGCAAGGCGAUGAAGAUAAGCUUGUGCCAGUUAUGCUGCAACGCUAUAUUACCAAAAAGCUUUCAUGGAUUCAAUACCAUGAGUUACCAGGUGCUGGACACUUAUUUCCACUCGCUGUUGGGAUGAGCGAAGCUAUUACAAAGGCACUUCUACUUGCCCACAACUAACCUUUUUUCCUCUCUUUUUUUUUUUUUAAUUUUUUUAUUUUUUUUAUUUUCACCCUGUAUGUC